AUGUCUUCCACCUCUACCCACACUCCCAACUUUGCCAAACUCAAUGACUCCAAUUACCCUACUUGGAGCGGUGAAAUGGCUGCCUGGUUGCGCUCUGCAAACCUUUGGAGACUUGUCAAUGGCAAGCUUCCACAGCCAAAGCUCUCUGGAUCACCUACAGCAGCUGAGCAAACCAAGCUAGACACUUGGGAGGCCAAUGCAGAGAAAGCAGCUGGUCAAAUCUAUUUGAUGGUGGAACCAGAUCAGCGCACUCACUUUGCUGGUGUGGUGGAUGACCCUAUCAAAAUGUGA